AUGGAUUACGAAGAGCACAAGGUGUUCGGUAUGAGCGUCGGGACUGUUUCUCGAAUCCUAUUGAUUGUUGAGUGUUUUCUAUCGAUUGCUCUAAUUGGGAUUACUGUGAUGACGCUUUCGGCUGGCUACAAUUGGUUGCCAUUUUUGAUGAAUUCUCUCUUCUCUUCAUUAAGCGUCUUCUCGAUUUUCUCAAUGUUUAUCGGAUUUCGUCGAUCUCUUCCCAUUUAUUUUCUUCCGAUUCUCACUUUUGAGACAGUUUCCACUGGUUGGGUGCUUCUUUGGGUCUACGCCAGCUAUACGUCGGGUAUUGAUGGGAAUUUGUGGCCGGUGGAAUGGCUUGGUGGCCCACAAUCCGACCGAGAACCCGCGCCAAGAGAUGUCCGCGAUCCAGGAUACUACGAUCGAAGUCAGACGAAUCCCGAGACACAGAGAGCGAUCAGUCUCAGUUCAACGCUUCUCGGUGUGUGCAUGAUGUUAUUCUUUGUGAAAAUCGUUUUGUGGAUUUUCGCUAAAAAUUGCUUCGUUUUCUAUCAAGAAGAAGCGGUGAGAAGAGAUCAAAAAAUGAGGGAUUUCGAUCCGAUGUUGAGUGAAAGAUCGAUUGAAGAGGAGGAUGAACCCUACACAGUGAUUUAUCGUAAAAACGAGUCACCCACUCGGGUGUCAAGACAGAAAUCGAAUGCGCAAAUCAUUGGCUCGCACACAUCGCUUCAUUCACCGAAUUUGACCGCAUCUCCCACAUCACAAUCAGACAAUUAUCGAACUUCACAAUAUUUUGAGUAUCAAAUGACUUCGAUCGUCGCUGGUCUCAAGCUCAAUCCAGCAAUUGCGAAAAUGGCGCCAAACGGGCAAAUCUCGUGCCUCAUCUGCUCGCAACAAGUGAAACCGAAAGUUUGGACGGCACAUGUCAACGGGAAAAAGCACAGGGACAAUGUGGAACGAUUGAAGAAACAAGUGUCCGAAUCAGCGUUGGGACACAAACGAGCCGAACAAAGUGAUGAUGGGCCACAAGAGAAACGACAGAAAAUCGAUCCCAUUCAAUCCGUCCAAUCAACUUCAAAUGGUGGCCUACCCGAUGACUUUUUCGCCUCUUCCGGCGCCAUUCAAACAAGCCAGCCCUGGCAGAAACGCGAGGAAAAAACGGACAAACCAAAGGCUGGAGUGAUCGAGAAUAUCCCGCAAGGGUUCUUCGAUGAUAAAAGAGAUGAAUGGACAGAGGAUGCUAUCAAGAAAAAAGAGAAAAUGGAUCAAGAAUACGAUAAAUUUAUGAGGGAAAUCAAUACACAAAAUUUGGAUGAACUGAAGAAACAAGAAGAGGAAGAGCAAAGAGAAUUCCUAGAGAGAGAUUUCGAAUCGGUUGACGAGCAGUUGAAGAUAUGGGAACAAGCACACGAAUUGGAGUUGAUGAUCGAAGAAAAAGCGGCAAAAGCUGUGGAGAAUCGAGUGCAACAAAUGGAAAGCGAUGAGGAAGAUGACGAGGAUAUGGAUCUUUUUCCGUUUGGCCCCAAUCACGUCCAGCCGUCAAUCGUGGAGCAACUAGAGGUGGAUGUGGGAGGCGGUUUGGGUGGCGGCCUUGGGGGUGGAGGUACCCCGCUCUCCUCCACCGGCUCAAUCAUGCCUCCACCGCCCACCGAUUGGCAACAUACCGCACAAUACUCUCCAAAUGCGGACGAAUUCCAUCCCUUCGUCGAGGCUCUUCUUCCCUAUGUGAAAGAGUUCAGCUAUGUGUGGUUCAAUCUUCAAGCCGCCAAAAGGAAAUACUUCAAGAGAAACGACCAAAAGAGGAUGACGAUGGAAGAGGAGAAAAUUGUCAAAGAAGAACUCAUGGCUGAACGCCCGGAUAUCAAACAAAAAUGGGCGGGUCGAUUGUUGGGGAAACUCAGAAAAGACAUCCAGCCACAAUAUCGAGAUGAUUUCGUCAGCUCGGUAACAGGGCGUCGACCAGCCGUUUGUGUGCUUUCAAAUCCCGAUCAGAAAGGCAAAAUGCGGAGAAUCGAUUGCUUACGACAAGCCGAUAAAGUCUGGCGGCUCGACUUGGUGAUGGUCAUUUUAUUCAAGGGAAUCCCUCUCGAAUCGACGGACGGUGAGCGAUUGGAGAAAUGCAGUGAAUGUCACUAUCCACAGUUGUGCAUCAACCCGUAUCACAUAUCGAUUGCCGUUCGCGAGUUAGACCUAUUCUUAGCAAAUUUCAUCCACACUCAAAAUCCAAUUGUCUUGACAGAGCCCGACAAAGCAACUGAUGAAGAUCCACUCAGUCAAGACGAGGGAAUAUGGAGCACUGGCGUUUUCUCCGCAUAUGAGCUGAAGACAUUAACAAAACCCACAAUGAUGACAACAUCGUCAAAUGGAGGGAUCAUCACGAUUCAGGUGCCCUCAUUGAGGAUGCCGAAAAACGAAUGGGACAUAUCGGGUGCUUCAACACCGAGAACAAACGACAGUCCACCCAGUCCACCGCCGUCAGCUGUUGCCGCUGUGAAAGCAUUAAGCCAUGACAUGACGCCGUGCACCUCGAAGGGAAACAGUGAAAUGGUUGAUGUGUUGAGUGACGAGCCGUGCGAGAAACGAAUGCGUCAUGCAUCACGGGAAUCGGUCGGAAGUGUCAAUGAAGAGGUACGACGAAUUGUGCAACAGGGCGGUGGGCCCGGCUGGAUCGAGCCCUCCACACAUGAGAAAGGACUUCUACAACAACACGGUCUUGCCGAUUCCCCGAUGAAAGCCGACGACAAAGGGAAACGAUAUGCGGCACAAAAGAUGACAACGAGAAAUUCGAGUGCUUUCUCGGCGACACCGGUGAGAAGAGAUGGAAGAGGAGAAACAAAUGUGGGUGAAGGGAUGCAACAACAGACACAAGGAGGAAAUACAAGUGGAAAUGGAGGAACACAAUCACAACCGGUGUCAAGGGUUCUCGUCGUGGAUCAAUCGACCGGCCGAACUCGUCCAACGUCUUACGUGCGAAUCACGAAUGCCACUACUUCACAGGGAACACAGCCUGUGAAUCAGCUUCGAGCCGUGCAACAACAACAGCAGACGGUACGAUAUGUGGUGAAACGGAAUGAUGGAACGUAUCAAAGAAUCGACCCAAUUCCGCCGACAAAUCAUGGAGGUGUAAGGAUUACACGAGCUGUGCCACAAACACGACAAAUGCAUCAACCGAUGUAUCAAGAGGUUGUUGAAGAUGUCGAUUAUGAACUGAUGCAC